AUGUCUACUGCUCUAAGUUGCCCAUCAUCUAGUGACGGUAAUGAAACGCUUGUUGCUGACGAGUUGGUUAUAUUUGUCAACGGUAUAAAGUUCACAGAUCAUAAUGUGAGACCCCAAGUAACGUUACUGGCAUACAUCAGAGGAAAACUUAAAUUGACAGGGAGUAAAUUGUCUUGUGGUGAAGGAGGAUGUGGAGCUUGUACUGUAAUGCUGUCAAGAUAUGACCACGUGGACAAGAAGAUAUCUCACUGUGCUAUUAAUGCAUGCUAUACACCUGUAUGCUCUGUACAUGGAAUGGCUAUCACAACAGUGGAAGGAAUUGGGUCAACAAAGACAAAGUUACACCCAAUACAGGAACGACUUACUAAAUCCUAUGGAUUACAGUGUGGGUUUUGUUCCCCAGGCAUGAUAAUGUCAAUGUAUACUCUGUUACGUAACAAUCCGCAACCAACUGCCCUGGAUAUUGAAGGAUGUUUGAAAGGAAAUCUCUGUCGUUGUACAGGGUAUAGAUCAAUACUAGAUGGAUUCAAGUCUUUCAGUGCACAGCUUCUGGGGAAAUUAUUUGACCCAAGUGAUUACUCUCCGUACGACCCUUCUCAGGAGCCAAUAUUUCCACCAGAAUUACAGACCAGCAGCAAAUUUCAUACCAACACAGUACGGUUUAUUGGAGAAGCAUUGGACUGGAUUCGACCUACUUCAUUAGAAGAACUUCUUAAAUUGAAGAAUGAAUUACCUGCAGCUAAAUUGGUGGUUGGCAAUGCUGAAGUUGGCUUUGAACCAAGACCCAAUAAUAUAAAAACAACUUUGAUAUCAGUAACACACGUACCAGAGUUAAACCAGAUUGAUAUCACAGACUCUGGUAUCACAUUUGGUUCUUCUGUCACUAUGAGUCGUAUGUACGAUGUUCUCAAGAAGAAUGGGGACGUUUUGGCAGAACGCAGAAUGAAUGUUUUUAUAUCAUUGAUGGAUAUGUUAGAACUCACAGGUGAUCAGCAAAUGAGGAAUGUAGCUGGAAUUGGUAGUCAUAUAAUGAGUGCCAGCCCGCUAUCAGAUAUUACACCAAUGUUGAUGGCUGCUGGAACGACUGUACUGGUUGGUUCUCUUCGAGAUGGCAAACGGAGCUUACCUCUGGAUAACAGUUUCUUUGUGGAAUUCAGGAGAACGUGUCUAAAAGCAGAUGAAGUUCUAAUUAAUUUGACGGUUCCAAUAUCGAAAGAGAAUGAAUAUUUCGCUGGAUACAAAGUAAGAAAUCAAGUACACCGUCGAGACAGAGACGUUUCUAUGAUUAGUGCUGGCAUGAAAGUCGUGUUUGAAGACAGCAGCAAUGUCAUCAAGAAUAUUAACCUAUGCUUUGGUGGAACAGGACCAACUGUGGUUAUGGCAACAUCAAUUAUGGAGAAAAUGCAAAGAAGGAAAUGGGAUGAAGGUCUUCUUAAUGAUGUUCAACGCAUGUUGGUAGAAAUGCUGCAGCUGUCUACACAUGGAGGUUUUGUAGAAUAUCGAAAAUGUCUGUUGCAGAGUUUCUUCUUCAAAUUUUAUCUAAAUGUUCAGAAUGUACUAAGUAAGCAACUGACUGACACUGUUCUGACUGUACCUGCCCAGUGCAAAUCAGCACUGGUUCCAGUCGAGAUGCCGCCCACUGAGAGCAUGCAACUAUUUCAGGAUGUACCUAGAUCACAGUCAAAUGACGAUCCUGUGGGACGACCAAUCAUGAAUGAAUCAAGUUUACAGUUAACCACUGGGGAAGCUAUCUUUUUAGAUGACAUAAAACCAGAACAAGGUGAAUUGCACUUCGCCCUUGUAACAAGUAAACAUGCAAAUGCAAAAAUCAUAUUAAUCGAUGCAUCAGAGGCCACAGAACUGGAAGGUGUACACUGCUUCGUUGGAGCUGAUGAUGUACCUGGUAAAAACAGGUGGAAUGAAACUGAUCCAAAUGAAGUUAUAUUUGCAUCAGAAGAAGUAUUAUACAUUGGUCAGGUGAUUGGCGGUGUUGUUGCGGACACAAUGGAAUUGGCUCGCAAAGCAGCUAAGUUAGUAAAAAUAGAGUAUGAAGUACUGGUACCCAUUCUUACAAUUGAGGAGGCCAUUGACCAAGACUCUUACCUACAGCCAUUUCGUCAUUUAGAAGAAGGAGAUUUAAAGGGCCAACUGGCGAAGUCGGAUCAUGUGAUCGAAGGCGAGGCUCGUAUUGGUGGUCAGUGUCAUUACUAUAUGGAAUCACAGUGCUGUAUCGCACAGCCAAAGGAACUCAAUGAAAUGAUAAUAAUUGUGUCCUCCCAAGACUUGUCUUCUACACAGAGACGUGUGGCAGCAGCUCUGAGUAUACCCGCAAACAAAGUCACAUGUAAGAUUAGGCGUGUUGGAGGAGCAUUCGGUGGUAAAAUCACACGUCCAGUUCACUUUGCUAUGACGUGUGCCGUUGCUGCAAAAAAAACUGGCAAACCAACUCGUCUCGUAGUUGGGCGUGAUUUAGAUAUGCAGAUUGUUGGUAAGCGACAUCCAAUAUUAGCCAGGUAUAAUGUCGGUUUCAGUAAAACUGGCAGGGUUCGUGCGCUUCAAUGUGCCAUAUUUUUAAAUGCCGGAUUCGGUUACGACAUUUCAAUUCACACGAUGAUAAAAACGUUGAUUCAGCUGCAGGAUGCAUAUAACAUACCUGCCUAUGCACUAUCUGGAAGGGCGUGUAAAACAAAUAUGGCAUCGAAUACUGUCAUGCGAUCACCUGGAUGUAUGCAGGCGACAGCAGUGAUGGAAACUAUCAUGGAUCUGAUAGCUACGACAUGUGGUGUACCUUCUGUAGAGAGAGUCUCUUUAUUUGAAGCAUUGAUGUCAGUAUUGUAUCAUAUUCUGCAGGAGGCAUAUCAAUCAGAGGAAGCUUUGAUCUGUUUGGCCACCUUGUCAAUUGCUCUGUCAGUGUCAUCUGUAUCAUCAGGUAUCACAUGGAGGAUUUUGGCUUCAUUUGAUUUGAAUGCUAGUAUAGAUGCAAUUCCUGGUGAUGACAGGUCCUGUGUUGCCAAAGGUUUCUCCUUGCCUGCAGACAUAUGCAGGACGUCAUCUGUCUGGGUGUUUGGAAUCUUUUACAACAGUGCAUGUUUUCCACCACAGAAGAGACAUGUUGUAGAAAUAACAAAUUCCGCAUGCUCUGAUCGUCUUGCUAUUUUGGGUUUUCUUGUCCGAGAGAUGAAUAUGUAUAAAUGUGGUGACAGUAAUUACUUUUAUCAAGAAGUCCCUGAUAUUGGUAAUUUAACACGAUGUUGGAAUGAGUGUAUUGUGAAAAGUGAUUAUCAUAGAAGAUUAGAACAAACUAGUUAUUUUAAUAGUACAAAUCGCUGGAAGAAACGAGGAGUGUCUAUUAUUCCUGUCAAUGUCUUUAAUGGUGAAUCACUUACCGAAAUUAAUCAGGGCGCUGCAUUGGUGCAUAUAUAUCUGGAUGGUUCAGUGUUGCUUACCCAUGGUGGUAUAGAGAUGGGUCAAGGGUUACAUACCAAGACGAUACAGAUUGCAAGUCGUGUUCUGCGUAUACCUUCUGAACGUAUUUAUAUCAAUGAGACCAGUACCGAUAAGGUGCCUAACACGGUUUUAACUGCUGGUUCCACAGGUACGACACUAUGUGGGAAUGCUGUUAAGAUUGCUUGUGAGACACUCAUGGAGCGACUGGAUCCAUUCAUCCAUGAAAAUCCCAAAGGUUCCUGGGAAGAAUGGGUUGGUGCUGCAUACAGAAAUAGAAUAAGCUUAUCAACAACAGGAUUAUUCAAAGUAUCAGAUGAUGUAAUGAUUAACUGGGACGAUCACCCAUCUUCCCGCACAUCGUACAAUCAUACUUAUGGGGCAGCUUGCUGUGAAGUUGAAAUUGACUGCUUAACUGGUGAUCAUCAGAUAAGACGGGUUGACAUUGUUAUGGAUGUUGGGCACAGUAUAAACCCUGCACAUGAUAUUGGACAGAUUGAAGGUGCUUUCAUGCAAGGGUAUGGUUUAUUUGUUGUGGAAGAAUUACGAUAUUCACAUAAAGGCGAACUACUGACCAGGGGGCCAGGAAUGUAUAAAAUACCAUGUGUUAGUGAUAUGCCAAGACAAUUCAAUGUGCAUUUGUUGGAAGGAUCUACCUGUUCUGAUGGAAUAUAUUCGACUAAGGCUAUUGGAGAACCACCAUGUUUACUAGGAGUGUCUGUAUUGGCUGCCAUUCGACAUGCUAUAUCAUCAGCCAGAUCAGAUGCUGGUCUACAUGGCAGCUUCCGGCUAGACUGCCCAGCAACACCAGAAAGAAUUAGACUUGCUUGUAGUGACAACUUUCCGAAAGAUAGCCAAGAGAUUGCUGGUAAUGAAGACUUCUUUAUACAAGUCUAG